AUGGUAGCCAACAUAGAUAUCUAUGAUUGCUCCUUUCGUGAUGACCACCAUCGCAAAAAGCGUCACGUUUCACGAUUUCAUCCAAAGAAGAAGAAAUCACGUGACAGAGAUCAUGGGAACCAGCGGCAACAAGACGUUUCACGAGAUUUCGGAAGAAGAAGGCUUAACUAUGGCAGAUGGAGUUCUUCAUAUGAUCCUUAUGAUCAACCUCAUGGAUUGUAUCAUGAAGAUGAUGAAGAAUCAUCACAUGAGCACGAGCAUCAGCAUUCACAUGAUCAGGAUUCAGAUCAUGAUGCUCAACCCCAAGUCCGAAGUUAUUUCAUUGCAGCAGAAGAAGAUUUAUGGAAUUAUUCACCAACUUCAUAUGAUUUGUUUACUGGGAAGAAACUUAAGUUACGAGGUGAAACAUCUUACGCAUAUUAUGAUGAUGGAAGACAUAGAGUUGGAUCAAUAUACAUGAAGGCUCAUUAUGUGGAAUACACAGACGACAACUUCAUCACAAAGAAGCCAGCAUCCAAUUCUCAUCAUGGAGCAUUAGGUCCAGUGAUCAGAGUUGAGAUUGGGGAAGUGCUGAGGAUUGUAUUCAAGAACUCUGCAUCCAGGAACUUCAAUCUUCAUCUUGAUGGAUUCCCUUUUAACAGAACAAACCUUCUUGGAGUCUCACCCGAUGGCAACAUAACAAUUUACCAAUGGAUGAUAACUCAAGAUAAUAUCCCAACACUGGAUAACAUUCAAUGUUUGACACGAAUGUAUUAUUCAAAUGUUUACCCUAUAAGAGACAUUUCCACUGGGUUGGUUGGGCCUUUCCUAAUAUGCAGGUCUGGCUCACUGGGUGAAAAUGGUGAACAGAGAAACGUGGACAAAGAAAUAUUUCUCCACUUUUCAACAAUCAAUGAAAACUUGAAUUGGUUUAUCAACGAAACAAUAUCAGCAACAACAAUUGGUUCCAUGGUUAAAUUGAAACAAUCACCUACCUUCUAUCAGUCAAACCUAAUGUCAAGUGUUAAUGGGUUUGGUUAUGGAAACCUCAUGCACGUGAAUGCUCAUAUUAAUGAUCACGUGAGUCUUCAUGUGAUGUGCACGGGAUCUGAACAUGAUGUUCAUAAUAUUAGGAUUGGUAAUCAAACUUUCUUCAGCGAGAUAUCAGCUCUUGAUUCCUCUAGUGGUCAUUCUGGCAUCGGAAACAUAGAGAUCGUUCCACUCAGCGGGAAAACAUUUUAUUUCAAACCUGCUGUACCAGGAAAAUGGAAAAUAUCAACAGACAACUUGAAACUAUUUGAAAACGGUAUUUUAGCUUAUUUUAAAGUUGAAGGAAAUACAACAAACACUGAUCACACUUCUACAAAUAUUCACGAUGAUGCCACAGUAAGAUGGUAUUUCAUUGCUGCCAUUGAACAGACUUGGGAAUAUGUUGGAAGUGAAAACCAAGGUGGUCAAAUGCGAGGAAACAAUACUGUGUACAAAAAGGUUUUAUAUGAGGAGUUCACAGAUGCUACAUUCACUCACCGCAAACCGCGUGUUCCAUACAAUGGAAUAUUGGGGCCUGUGAUUAAAGCUGAAUAUGGAGAUAUCAUUAAAGUUGUGUUUCAUAAUCAAGCAUGUCGACCUUAUUCCAUACACCCGGUUAAACUGAUGCAUUCUGUUGAAGAUAAUGGUGAUUGGGUUUUAGAAGGUGACGGAAUCCAGACAGAUUUCCGCCAUAGAGAUCCCAUAUUCGUUAACCGGGGAUCAGUUUUUACGGGACGGACUCAGACUUAUACUUGGAAGGUCCCUCCGGUGGCUGAUUAUGACAGCUCGCUGAAUCCAUCGGAGUGCGCUGUUUCAUAUUAUUAUUCAAAUGCUGACGCGACACGGGAUGUUCAUUCUGGAUUAGUAGGCCCUUUACUGCUUUGCAACCAAGGAGUAUUGAGAACACACAACAUCAGAUACGAUAUUGAUCGAGAAUUCUAUUUACUUUUCAAAGAAUUUGAUGAAAAUCAGAGUUGGUAUGCAUCCGAGAACCAACAUUAUCUCAACCAGUGGAAUCUAAAUGGAAGCAAUAUUUUUCACACAAUCAAUGGUUUAACGCAUGGUGGUCUGGUUACCUUGGAAACAGAACCAGGUGAACGAAUAGCAUGGCACGUGAUCAACAUGGAUAGCCAACCACACUCAAUCAACUUUGAGGGGAACUCUGUGUUGACGUAUAUGAAUAGUGCAUCACUGUUGUCAGAUUACCUCAGCACUGUAAGUUCUGUUUCUGUCCGACCAUUACUUCCUGGUGCUUCAACCACCGUUACCAUGGUACCAACCAACCCUGGUGCCUGGAUGGUCCAGGAUUUUGCUUCACAAUCCAGUGUCAUGGGGAUGUAUUGCAUCUAUCAUGUCAGACCAAAAGAAUGCCGGAAACCUCUGGGUUUAGAAUCGGGUCUAAUCGCUGACCACCAAAUUACUUCGUCCUCUGUUUACAUCACAAAGGCUGCGUUCGGGUUCAUAAUGGGAAAGUGGUCAGCACGUUACGCUCGACUUAACACGCACGGUCAUAUUAAUGCUUGGAUGCCGAGUCGCUCCGAUCGUAGACCUUGGAUCCAGGUAGAUCUCGGUUCACCAAUGCGCAUCACUGGCAUCACAGUUCAAGGCACCAUGGAUGGCCAUGUAAGGAAAUACGUCACCAGGUUUAAAAUACUCUACAGUGUAAAUAACAGAGAAUGGGCUUUUUACAGCAGGCAGGGAAGUAAUGUAGAUAUGGAAUUUAAGGGCAACUUAUUCUUCAAUGUUCCAGUCACUCGUACAUUCUCACCACAACUUCUAGCCAGAUAUAUCCGGUUGGUACCGAUUAGAUGGCAGAACCAACCAGCUGUCAGGAUGGAGCUUCUUGGUUGUUCCAUUGAAGGUCGGUGUGAGGAACCACAAGGUAUCGGGUCGGGGGAAGUCCCUGACACCUCCAUCACAGCAUCAUCUGAAUAUUUAUACAAACGGAGGAUUUUAUGGGAAGCAAGAUUUGGGAGACUUAACUACAGGCCUCCUAAUAGUGAAUCAGGGAGACUGGAUUUAUUCACUGCAACUCGAGAUCACGUAUUAUCAGCAGCUCCAGCGUGGAGUCCAAGUCGUAUUAAUAGAAGGCAGUGGAUUCAAGUUGAUUUUGGACGAAUCAUAAAAGUUGCGGGUGUGAUUACUCAAGGGGCAAAAUAUGGAAGGUGGAAACUUUAUGUCAAAAGUUUCGCGUUAAAAUAUUCAAGUGAUGGUUUGAGGUGGGAGGUUUAUGAAGAUCCUGUCUCACAUCGGGCAAAGGUAUUCCGUGGUAACAUUGACCCAGACACAGCAGUUACUCAAACCUUGCAAAAUCCAGUUCAAACCAGAUUUAUCCGGAUUCAACCUCGAUCCUGGAGAAGCAGGAUUGCUCUUCGGUUUGAAAUCCUUGGUUGCAGUGUUGAUGCAGAAAGCAGGGACUUGUUAGAUGCUACCCCUUUCCCUGACAAUUGCAGGAAUUCAGAGUAACUUUGGGAAAACAACUUUUUUGUCUUUUGCAUUGAAAAACGCUUGAUUUUUUUGUUUCUUGAUUGUGAAUUUGUUGCAGUUCCUUUUUUAUUCAUGCAACAGUUAUAAACAUUAUACAUUUUUUGUAUUUCAGUAGUAAAUUAAAUGAUUUUUUUAGGUUUAUUUUAAUU